CUCCUUGGAAAGGUGCAUAGACACAGAAAAAUCAAACAGUAUGGCAAUGUAGGAUUUUUAGAGAGCACUGAAGUUUUCAUCGUUUAAUUAAUUAAUUAAGUUUGAUUCACUAUCCAGGUCCUGAGUUUGGCUGCCGCUCUGCUACAGCACUUCUAAUUUCUGCAACUUGUUAAGCUUUGAUGGCCAUGCUGCGAGGAGGAUGUUGUGUGAUUGGAUGAGGUACAGUGUUGUAGCAGCUGAGUGUCCGUGCUGCUCUUUAGGGAUAACAACAUCGAGGAGUGCGGGCUGGAGAUGUUCUUCUCCGUCGACAAAGAGAUCCUGGGGGAAAUCUCCACCCAUGAGCUGAAACCAGAAGGAGGAGACCUCCAGGUCACCGAGGAGAACAAGGAGGAGUACAUCAGGCUGGUAGCAGAGUGGAGGAUGUCCAGAGGAGUGGAAGAGCAGACUCAGGCUUUCUUUGAAGGCUUCAACGAGGUUCUCCCUCAGCAGUACCUGCAGUACUUUGAUGCUAAAGAGCUGGAGGUACGGAUGAACCUGAAACUCUUUUUAUUGUGCUAUGGGAUGAGAGUCUGACAUCUGGAAUGCACAUA